AACCAACCCCCCCCCCCGGCCCCAAAACUCUCUCUCUGCCUCUCUCCCAGUAUUCCUUUCCAGAGAAUCUGAAGAAUUUUCCGUCAGAAAAAACCAAUCCCGGUCCCAAACCCAGAUCCGAAAGACCCCUUCGGAGUCUACCUUCAUUUGUCUUGACGGUGAGAAUCUUUAGCAGAUUAGGAUUUAUUCUCCGACUACGAAGUCCCAAUCCCAUUCUUUUUUCUCACAACAAUAUUCUUUACCCACUACCAAUUUCCAUUAAAAAAGAAGGCCUUUUUUCUCGCUCUCUUUUCCUUCACGUUCUUUUUCUCAUCCCGAUUACCCAAGAAAAAACUCCCGUGUGAUGACCCUAAAACCCGAGUUUAAUUCGGUUAUUAAUGGGGUUCCCUGAUUUUUAAUUUUCUAGUACAGCUAGAUGCUAGAGCUCUCUCUACAUAUAUCGCUUAGACUUUUUUUUUUUUUUUUUUUUGUGGAAGUCCAGAUGCUUUAGUUUGGUUUUUGAUGUAUAGAAAAGGUUAUUUGAUCGUUGUGUUUGUGUUGGGACGCGAUGGAUCUGAGACUGGAUUGAAAUCGAAGAUCUGUCGGCGAUGAACAAAAGCUUUUAGAUCAUUGUAUUACCAGAUUGUAUUGGAUUUCCAGCUAAGACGGUGAAGGGGCUGAGCUUACUGCUUGUCUUUGUUUGAUUGGGAGCUGAAUCAUGGAGCAUGUGAUUGGUGGAAAGUUUAAGCUCGGGCGGAAGAUCGGUAGCGGAUCGUUUGGCGAGCUCUAUUUGGGAGUCUGUGAAGACCAAGCACCCUCAGCUUCACUAUGAGUCAAAAUUAUACAUGCUUCUGCAAGGAGGAACGGGUAUUCCCCAUCUGAAAUGGUUUGGUGUUGAGGGUGAGUACAAUGUUAUGGUUAUUGACCUUCUUGGACCAAGCCUAGAAGACCUAUUCAACUAUUGCAACCGGAAGUUUACUUUAAAAACAGUUUUGAUGCUUGCAGAUCAGUUAAUAAACAGAGUUGAGUAUAUGCACUCACGGGGUUUUCUUCACCGUGACAUAAAGCCUGAUAACUUUUUAAUGGGUUUAGGGCGCAAAGCUAAUCAGGUAUAUAUAAUUGAUUAUGGUCUGGCAAAAAAGUACAGGGAUCUUCAAACACACAAGCACAUACCGUACAGGGAAAACAAAAAUCUCACAGGAACUGCUCGUUAUGCAAGUGUUAAUACUCACCUUGGAGUUGAACAAAGCAGAAGAGAUGAUCUGGAGUCUCUUGGUUAUUUGCUCAUGUACUUUCUGAGGGGAAGCCUUCCUUGGCAAGGAUUAAAAGCGGGUACUAAGAAGCAGAAGUAUGACAAGAUCAGUGAAAAGAAGAUGCUUACUCCCAUAGAGGUCCUUUGCAAAUCGUAUCCAUCAGAGUUCACCUCAUACUUUCAUUACUGCCGAUCGCUAAGGUUUGAAGACAAACCAGAUUAUUCAUAUCUGAAGAGGCUUUUCCGGGAUCUAUUUAUUCGAGAAGGUUAUCAGUUUGACUAUGUAUUUGAUUGGACGAUAUUAAAGUAUCCUCAAAUUGGCUCCAGUUCUAGAGCGCGACCAAGUGGGAAACCUGCAUUGAACCCAGGAACAUCUGCUGAAAAAAUAGAGAAGCCUUCAGUGGGACAAGAAAUUCGAGAUAGGUUCUCAGGUGCUGUUGAGGCCUUUUCUAGAAGGAAUGGCUCAGGGCACGGUUUGCAUGGUGAUCACUCGCGGCACAGAUCUUCAGAUGAUGUGCCAUCGUCCAAGGAUGUGCAACCUGAUUCUGAAAGGGGACGCAGUUCUUCUCGUAAUGGCAGUACCUCAAAAAGGCCUGUAAAAUCAAGCAGCCGGCCUAGCUCCUCUGGUGAGCCCAGUGAGAAUCGGUCAAGUCGGCUGGUUUCAAGCAGUGGUCGGCUGUCCUCCACCCAGAGGAUUCAACCUGGGUUUGAAUCCAAGACAUCAUCUUUUAACCGUAGUGCAGCCACCAGAGGUGGUCGAGAUGAUGCUCUUCGGAGCUUUGAGCUCCUGUCGAUCGGCACAGGAAAGAGGAAAUAAAGCACGAACCCAUGUGGGAAAGAGUGCCUAAUUCAAGGCUCAAGACGACUCUUUUCAGUUUGUGACGAUGUCAGUAAUGUUAUGGUUUUGCCUCGGUUACUUUGUAUAUGUGUAUCAAUUGUUGGGUUCAAUUCACAGCUAAAAGCUCACUGAAAUUUCUCCCAUAAACACGUCCAGACGCUUGUACCCCACUGGGUCUCAAGCCUUUAUAAUGAGAUGGCUCUUUAGACUCGUCCAAAACUCAAAACCUUGCUUUGUCAACGAAUGCGUCCUUUGUUUUCU